AUGUUGAUAACAGAGGAAGAGAGUGAUAAUAACGGCAGUUGCCGUUUACUUUCGUUUCGUCGUAAAUCUGAAGUAACCAGUGAUAAUGACGUUAUCAGUAGCAUUACUGUUGGUGACAAUCGUCCCAACAAUGACAGCUCAGCAUCAGAGAAAAAUCCUAUGGAAGUGCCGAUUACGAGUUUUACCGAAAUUCCAUCGGCGUACACAUACAAAGUCAGCGAGGAAGCGGAAAAAAGACGAUCACGUGCGACAAAAACAAAUUCGCUGAACAAGCAAAAGAGUAAAAAUAAAUUAUCGCGAUCAUCUUCAAUUGGACUGCCGGUGGAGGCAGACAUUAAAGGCACUUCGAUAUUUGUAAAAUUGUUUCCGGAUAAAUUGAAGAAAGUUCUGACAUCACACUUGAGUUAUGACGAGUCUUACGACGUUGUGGACAGUAUUGUUCCGCUAAAGUAUGAAGUUAAGUUGGACAGUCACGGGGAUUGUGAUUUGGUAUUUAGUGAUGAAAAGUAUUGUAAAAAUAAAAAUAGUCAUAGUAAUAGAAAAUGGUUAGGUAAUGUUGAUGCCAAUGGUUAUAAUGUUAAUACUGAAGACGAUAACGAGUGUGUCCUUCUUGGUCUUCGACCCCUAGAGGUUGAUGCACUGAGUCUUGUCACGGUGACCCCAACCCAGUCGACGCCCCCAGCAUCGGCAUUUCCUCUACCGCGUAGGAUCUGUGAAAAAUCCACGAGAAGGGACCGCGAACGCGCGAGAAUUCUUAAGCGACGCAGGAUCAAUCUUAGAUCUACCUCCGAGCCUAGACAUCUGGACAAGGGUAGCGACCUAGCAGAGGCAGCGGGUACCAGUGGACUUGGUGAUUUAGCGCAUUCGCUAAGAGAACACUUGAGGGACUUUGGUACCAGGUUGGAAGAUCGCCGAGAGUACUUGGAAGACACUUCAAGAUGUUGUUUGCUUCAAGACCGGGCUCAGGAGUGGGCACACGAGGCGAGAAUCGCGGCGAAACACUCUGGAUUACGUGGGUUCCACACGCAUCCGAUGCCAGUGGAGCAUCUUGAUGAGAUGAUGAGUCUGGCUGAGAAACUUGGAAAUGAGACUCUUAUUGAACAAUGCAAGAGCAUAAGAAACAAGUGUCUUGAGUUGGCGGAACUGAGAAGUGGUUCUGCGCCCCAGAGUCCAUCGCUCAGACGAUCUUUUGCAGCAGCUUCCGAGUCCGCGGCUGAAUAUAACUCUUGGGAUGAUGACAGCAAUCCUGGAAGUUGUCCCACGGAUAACAGUCCAGCUACCGGUGAACCACGUUCCCAGCUGGACAAUAUUGCUGAGACCGGUGAAAACACACAACAGGAUCUUGAUACGCCCCCGAGAAGUCCUGCUGGUCGGAGACUCAACAAGCCUCCGGUUAAUUCUCAUCUUCAGAGGUCACCGAGUAUCGCUCCCGCUGGAAUGAAGGCUAAGAAGACUAUUUUGCUUAUCAUGCGAGAGAUGAUACAAACUGAGAGAGAUUAUGUUAAGUCUUUAGAAUACAUUAUUGAGAAUUAUGUUCCUGAACUUGUGAGAGAAGAUAUUCCUCAAGCGAUGAGAGGUCAGAGAAAUGUUAUCUUUGGUAAUGUUGAAAAAAUAUACGAAUUUCACAGUCAACAUUUCCUUCGUGAAUUGGAACAGUGUGAGCACAGUCCUAUGAUGGUUGGCCAAUGCUUUUUAAGACACGAAAACAAGUUUUAUCUUUAUGCCUUGUAUAACAAAAAUAAACCAAACUCAGACUCGUUAAUGGCAGAGUACGGUACGAGAUUUUUUAAAGCAAAACAACUCGAACUCGGUGAUAAAAUGGAUUUAGCAAGUUACUUAUUAAAACCUGUGCAACGUAUGGGAAAGUAUGCGCUUCUUCUUCAGCAGCUAGUGAAAGCGGGUACUGAUUUGUCCGAACAACUCUCUGGAAAAAAUGAAAAAGAUAAUCAAGACCAGGAUCACGAUGGUGUAAAACCUAUUGUUGAGGGUGAAGCUGAUCUAAGAGCUGCUGAACAGAUGGUUCGUUUUCAAUUACGUCAUGGUAAUGACCUUCUGGCAAUGGAUUCACUCCGUGAUUGCGAUGUUAAUGUUAAAGAACAGGGUCGGCUUUUGCGGCAAAAUGAAUUUUUAGUCUGGCAGGGCAAAGGAAAAAAAUGUUUACGCCAAGUUUUUCUGUUUGAAGAUUUAAUUCUGUUUAGUAAAGCUCGAAGAUUUCCUGAUCGCAAAAAUCUAGAUAUUUAUAUUUACAAGCACAGCAUCAAAACCACGGAUAUAGGCUUGACGGCUGUUAUUGCUGAUUCACCGACUAAAUUUGAAAUUUGGUUUAGAAAAAGAAAACCCGGAGACACUUAUACUCUACAAUGCGCCAGUGAGGAUAUUAAGAAAACAUGGACUGAAGAGUUGAGCAAUCUUCUUUGGAAGCAGGCGCUUCGUAACAGAGAAGUGCGCCUUGCAGAAAUGUCAAGUAUGGGAAUUGGAAAUAAACCUUGUCUAGACAUUCGACCCAGCGCGGAUCAAAUAAACGACAGAUCAAUCAGCGUAGCUCAGCUGUCAAAAACUCCGAGGUUUAGAAAUUCAAUAGCAGUAUCAAUAUCCGAUGACUCUAGCCGCUGUAGUCGUAGACCCAAUAGUGUAAUAUCAGUGAGCUCGUCUUCAAGUAGUGGAGGAAGCAGCGGAGGUCCACAGACUGCUUUGCAUCUAGGCUUAGAUGCUAGUCCACGUCUUCAUCAUCGUAGUACUACUCUUAAUAGCCAGUGUAGUGUUGAAAGCGGAAUAAUUGCGGACAUUUCAAUAGUAUCUGACGACGGAGUAGACAGCAGUGAAAGAAGCCACUGGAAAUCAACGUUAGAAAGUCCAACUUCAUCUCAUCCACCAAACAACACUUCAACGCCGCUUCAGUCACCAACGAGUUCUCAUGCAGCACCAGUGCCAGCUUCUACUUCAUCAACUUCUUCCACAGACGUUAAUAUUACGUCACCGUAUGAUGCGGAUAUGUCAAUAAAUCUGUAA